UCUGUGGAUUCCUCUCAAUGUGUGGUACUGAUGUUGGCGCACCCGCAAGAUCCAGAACUUCAUAGUAAUUUGGAAUUAGCAGCGAUGAAUGCAGCUAAGGAAUACUUGGGGGAAGAAAACGAAAGCAAAUGGAAGGAAGAUGACCGAAUUGAGUUGGUAGCAUUGGGACCAAAUGGAACAGUUGUCCCAGCCGAAGAAAUAUUAGGCAUAGAAUGGAACAUGCCAGCCCAAGUGACUCGAAAGCUGUUGCAAGUCGUAUUUGAUCGCAACACUUUAGCAACUCACACACUAUCUGGGAAAACCUCACCGGCUUUUCAGCAUCGUCCAAAUGAAAAGGAAGCACUGGACCAGUCCAAAAUUGCAGAUGUUAUUCAUGCAGUUCAAAAAUUUAUGGGUUGCUCUGAGCGUGACGUACGAAUAGCCAUAACAACUAAAUGUGCAGAUGAAAGUAAAAUGCUACGUAAACGUUUAAAACGGAUAAGGGAUGCUGAAGAAGAAGAAGAGCGGCAAGGGCGCGAAAAGGAGAUGGCCCUUUAGUUCACAAGCAGGAUUUGUGUCCUGAAAAGCUGUGUGGAUUCCAUCUCUUUGCAAUUAGCUGGUAGAUAUUUUCGUUGUAGGCCCAAGAGACUAUGGGCAUGUUGUUUGCUUUUUUUAAAGUUAAUUAGAAAGCGUAUAAAAUAAAUCUGCUUCCUGAAUUUAGAGCAGUAUUUAGUUGUAAAAACCUACAUACUUACUUACAUUUAGUUUCGCCUUUAUUAGUACAGUAUGUUUGGAACUCAAAGAAUCUUUUUUCAAGCCAAGUUAUUUUUUUCUGUUAUGAGUUACAUUUUUUCAAAACAUGUCAGAUGUUUAUUGUUUAAUUAUAAUUUUUUUUCGUACAACAUUGAAAUAAAAUAUAUAUAAGUUUUUAUAAGCGCACACUGUUGAACAACUAGUUCAACGGUGAAGUGAUUGAAGCGACGACAUAUGAUGACAAGAGCUUAAUAAAUAGCUAGAUCGUGAGGUAAAAUACGGUUGUUUUGGAACAAAAGUACCCACAUUGCAUGAAGAAAUAUAAAAGUUAGGACAAUUCCUAACCUCUUGAACUAUACUUUAAAAUUAUGAACUUAAAACUAAAAUAAUAUUUUCACCCGUAAAUACACGUAAGCCUAAAAAUACGACCGAAGGAUUGUAAUCAAUCCUUGCAGAUUGAAACUAUAAAUUAGACCACCUUCAUUCGUUUUUUCCAGAAAGUUUUAGUUAAUAUUUAAUUUUAUAUAAAUCUUAUAUAUUAGUGUUUGUAAGAAAUGUUUAUGGUUUUAUUCAUUUUUGUAUUCCUUAUUAAGCGUUAAUGUUCCUUUUAAUUAUGUUGGCGCAUUAAAACAUUUAACAUUUAAAAUCUUGAUCAUCGGAAAUCGAUUUAGGCCCACCGAUAAAUUGGCGAAGGUAACCUGGUAGCUGGAAUACCUUGCGAUGAAAUUAAUGAAGACUCUCUUGAAUCCUUAUUAAUUAUCUAGUACCUUCUCAAUAAUUUUAAUGCUUUUUUAUUUUUGUUGAAGUAGUACAGAAUAAUAUUAUAAUAUAGUUUUUUUUUUUAUUAAAUGUGAAGUCUUUUUAUUGGUUCUCUAUCAAAGAAGUGGUGAUACUGAACAUUACAGGAUAACGCCAAAAAAUUUGAAAAAAUGGAAAAUUUUCCAAUUAAACUUUCUUCUUAGCAAGAUUAAUUGGAAAUAAAACAGUUUUUUUGCAAAUAUUAUUUGAAAUGGAAUAUAUACUUAUAAAACCAAUAUUUGAUGAAAGAAUUUCAAUUUUUCGUAAUUAUUUACUUGAAGUAAACAAUUUGUUUCUUUUAUGUAAAUUGUUUAUACAGUUUUUAAUGUUUCUAGCAUUCUCGUUUCCCUAAAUAUCAUUGAUAUUUCUCUUUAAAAUAUCAACUGUUUUAAUUUGGCGUUUUUACACUUUAAGUUUCAGAUAUUACUAACAGUUUUUAAUGGGAUUCGUGAUCAGGAAAUUUCUAGGAAAGGAAAAAUUGAACUGGAGUUGUGUUGUAGGCAUACCUGUGUCUUUUUCAACGUAUGGUAUAGUGUCUGCAAGUCAGACAGAUUUGGCUUAGAAAUCCUAAACGAAACUAUCAUAAAUAUGGAAAUAAAGUCAAUGCUCAAUACAAAGCGUUAAUUUUGCAGAUUAACUGCCUGAGUACUCUAAUCCAGGAAUGGUUGCAAAUAUAUUCCAGCACAUAAAUAGGCUGACGGCUCGAAACAAAUCCCGCAACUUCAUUCUUUCCAAAAAUAGGGAACCUGUCGGCAAUUACGUAUCCACGAGCAAUUCUUGAGAGGGUGCAGAUGUGGUCCAAUUUUCCAACGACACACUUAUUUUCUCUUCGAUUUUUCGCCCCGGAAAGGUAGUCAAAGAGAUCGAAAACUUCUUGGUGGUACUGGGAAAAUGGCAUUGCUAGGGUAUAACAAGUGGGUAGCUAGGAAACUAAACGUUUCAGGUGUGAAAGGUUUUGUGUAUUCCUUAUUAAUCAUAUUUAAGUGGGCAGUUGUCUCAUUUGUACCUAUUGUUGAAAGAGAAAGAAAAAAAUCAACGCACAUAACUUCAAAUUCACUUCACACUAGCAUUACAAUGCAAGUAGCAUUUCUUAUAACAAGUGUGGGUAACACAAAACAAUAAACUUGUCGUCCAGUAGACACCUUAUUAAAAUCACGAAACCUUAUUUAAAUCGGCAAUAGGAUUUGUUAUUAGUGGGAACAAGCCGGGAAACCGGAAGCUAGAUGCUUCAGGUAUGAAAGGCUUUGUGUAUUGCAUUCAUAAAGAGAUUUGAGUGUGCA